GCAGGAAGUGCGGUGCGCCACUGUCUGUAACCGAGACGGAGUAGGAAGAAAAUGCUAGAAAGGGAUAGCGGAUAAUGCAACGGGAAAUAAACACACAGUGUCCUAACGGGAGAGUAUACAUCUAAUUUUUACCGACACGGGAAAAGGGAGCUGCUUAUUAUCGCUUUGAUGAAAGAGAUUUGACCAGAUCACUGUGACAUAAGUUCCACGCCUGAAAUAUCCUCUGUCUUCAACCGAGAAUAAUAGUUCACGUACAAGGAACCAAACUACUAACCUACAAAAGCAAAAAUGAGCUCUCACAAUUCAGAGGUGUACACAGUUGCACCGGAGAUGCCAGCCAUGUUUGACGGCAUGAAGUUGGCAGCUGUAGCCACAGUGCUCUACAUCAUUGUCCGGUGCCUAAAUUUGAAAAGUCCCACAGCUCCUCCAGAUCUCACAUACCAGGAGACAGCGCUCAACCACUUCCUGCUCAAGUCCUGUCCUAUCCUGACCAAAGAGUACAUUCCUCCUCUGCUAUGGGGUAAAAGUGGUCAUCUUCAGACGGCCCUCUAUGGAAAGUUGGGUCGAGUUAGUUCUCCACACCCGUACGGCCUGCGCAAAUAUCUGCCCAUGCAGGACGGGGCCACAGCGACUUUUGACCUCUUUGAACCCCUGGCGGAUCAUCAAACUGGAGAGGACGUCACCAUGGUUAUUUGCCCUGGCAUUGGAAACCACAGUGAGAAGCACUAUAUCCGUACGUUUGUGGAUCAUUCGCAGAAACAGGGCUACCGCUGUGCUGUGCUCAAUCACCUUGGGGCCUUGCCUAACAUUGAGCUCACCUCGCCACGUAUGUUCACCUACGGCUGUACAUGGGAGUUUGCAGCAAUGGUGGGGUUCAUAAAGAAGGCUUUUCCUCAGACAAAACUUAUUGUUGUGGGCUUCAGUCUGGGGGGAAAUAUUGUUUGCAAGUUCUUGGGAGAGAACCGCACCAACCAGGAGCGGGUUUUGUGCUGUGUGAGCGUGUGCCAGGGCUACAGUGCACUAAGGGCCCAGGAGACGUUUCUGCAGUGGGACCAGUGCCGUCGCUUCUAUAACUUCCUGAUGGCCGACAACAUGAAGAAGAUCAUUUUGUCUCACAGAAGCGUUUUAUUCGGCAUGGGCUCAACUAAAAUGGUGGACGCAGAUUUGAGUCGUCUCUACACUGCCACGUCACUCAUGCAGAUCGAUGACAACAUCAUGAGAAAAUUCCAUGGACACAACUCUCUGAAAGAGUACUAUGAGAAGGAGAGCUGUGUUCAUUACAUUCAUAAUAUAAAUGUGCCUCUGCUGCUGGUGAACUCUGGUGAUGAUCCUCUUGUGCACAACACUUUGCUCACCAUUCCUCGUACACUUGCAGAAAAGAAAGAAAAUGUGAUAUUUGCGCUAACACUGCACGGUGGGCACCUGGGUUUCUUCGAGGGUGCUGUACUGUUCCCUCAGCCCCUCACGUGGAUGGACAAGGUCAUUGUGGGUUACGCCAACGCCAUCUGCCAGUGGGAGAAACAGAAACCGCCAUGCCAAAGUCAAGGCGAUCAUUCCAGUGAAACCAAAUGCCAAGACAGUAAAUCCUAACCACUCUCAUCUGCAGUUCACCACCACCGAUCAUUUGCCCCACGCACAUGAUGGAUCAUGCCACCAUCUUCAAGCAUUCACUGUCAGUCGGGGAAAAGUAGAUUUCUCUUUAUCACAGUUCAUCGACAGCCUGAAUCGCAACCACUUAAACAUUUCCGAGUGAGAGAACGGAACCAAAAACAAUGACCAAAAACAAUCAAAUGUCGUGUGUAGCGAGGACGCUGUAUUAGAUUUACAGUAAUUUGUAGUUACAUAUUACGUAGAUAUCUCUUGCGCUCUAAUUAGGAAACAUUGAAAACUGGUUCAUUUUUACCACUGCAAUAGAGGAAAAGCUCUCGCAGUAGCACACUAAAACAUGUCCAAGUCACAUUUCACCUUAAAAUCAACAAUAUAUAUAUAACAUAUAUUUUGCAAUAAA